GUCUACACCACCUACCACCUAGGGUAGACGUUUCCUUCCGCCGCCAUCCUCCAUCCUAGCUCCAGCCAGCAACACAAACCUGCACUCAAACAUGAACUUCACAGUGGAAGAGAGGGGAAACCCGAACUCCCUGAGCUACCGCAUCUUCUUCAAAAAUGAUGAGGGGAAGUACAUCUCACCAUUCCAUGACAUACCAAUGUAUGCUGAUGAGAGUCAGAACAUCUUCCACAUGGUUGUUGAAGUACCAAGAUGGACAAAUGCAAAGAUGGAGAUCGCUACAAAAGACCUCUUGAACCCGAUAAAGCAAGAUGUGAAGAAGGGCAAGCUGCGAUAUGUGGCCAACGUUUUCCCACAUAAGGGCUACAUAUGGAACUAUGGAGCCAUUCCUCAGACAUGGGAAGAUCCUGCACACAAAGAUGGAGACACUGGCUGCUGCGGUGACAACGACCCCAUCGAUGUCUGUGAGAUCGGCACUAAGGUGUGUUCCCGUGGCGACGUAAUCAAAGUGAAGGUGCUCGGGGUCCUGGCCAUGAUCGAUGAGGGUGAGACUGAUUGGAAAGUGAUUGCAAUCAAUGUAGAGGACCCUGAAGCCAAAGACUUUAACAACAUCAGUGAUGUCCAGCGCCUGAAACCUGGUUACCUGGAGUCCACGGUUGACUGGUUCAGGAGGUACAAAGUGCCAGAUGGGAAACCGGAGAACAAGUUUGCUUUUAACGAUGAGUUCAAAGACAAGGACUUUGCCAUUGAAGUCAUCAAGAGCACUCACAACUUCUGGAAAGCCCUCAUUUCCCAAAAGGCCAAUGCUGGUGAACUGAACUGCAAAAACAUGUGCAUCUCAGCCAGCGACAGCCCUUUCUGCUGCUCAGCGGAUGAGGCUAAAGCUUGUGUCUGUGAAACAUGUCCUUGUGGAAAAGAAGAAGCUAUCCCCUCAUCAGUAGAUAAAUGGUUCUACUAUGAGAGGAAGUAAACCCUGGAGCUGUUUGGAUCGGAGCAGAAUAAAAGGCUCAUCUCACAUAGGAAUACUUGAAGAUGGUCUUACCAUGGGAACCAAUGGGAUGACAGGAUGGGAUGUGGAUGGUUGGGUCGGGGCUGGCUGUUUUCAUGUAGAUGGAGAGAUAGUGGUUAGAUACUGUAGAGAAAAAGUUAAAGUACUCAUGUCUUGACCAAUAAAUUUUCACUUAUUUAACAAAGAUCUCUUUGGAGAUGUGCUGUCAUAAACAAAGUACAGGUGCCUGUAGAUACAUGUGCCACAUGUGAGACUCUGAACUGCUUUAAUAAA